AUGCAAUGGUGGCGGAAGGCAGCCGAGCGCUCUUUCCAGCGACAGGCAUCAAUAUGGAUGAGAUACUUCACGGAACUCCAGCAAAUUAUCAAGCAGAACGAGGCACCAGAGUGCUUUGUCAAGAGCGUCGUUGAGUCGGGCUACGAUAAAAACGACAUCAGCGAUCUACAAGCCAGUUUCGUGGCUGGCACAAUGAUCGAAGCCGGCUCAGAUACGACCUCCGCCGCCUUGAAUUCGUGUGUGAAAUACUUUGCCGCGUACCUAGAAGCCCAAGCAAAGGCCUACGCUGAAGUCCAGAAAGUGGUUGAUGAGGACAGGUUCCCAUCAUUUGAAGACGAAGAUAACCUUCCCUAUAUUCGAGCUUGCGUGAAAGAAAUCCUGCGUAUUCGACCCAUCACGAAUAUCGGAGCCCCCCAUUAUACAACGGCCGAUGUUAUCUACAAAGAUUACUUUAUACCCGCUGGCACAGUGGUCACGAUGAACCAUUAUGCGCUCCAUUAUGAUCCCAAUCGCUGGGAAAGUCCCGACGACUUUAUCCCAGACCGAUACCUGGACUACCCUUUAAAGGCAGGCGUGUAUACCGCCAGCCCUGAUCCUGAGCAGCAAAUUCACUUCGACUUCGGUGCAGGCCGUCGUAUCUGUCCUGGGAUGCAUUGA